AUGGACUCAGAAAAGUUGAGAGAGGAAGGAAAAAAGAUGAUAGAUUUUGUUGCGGAUUAUUGGGAUGGAAUUCGUGAUCGGAAGCCACUUCCAGCAAUCAAACCAGGAUAUAUUAAUGAGUUGGUCCCUGCCCAAGCCCCAUCUUCCCCGGAAGAUUGGUCCAAAAUCUUUGACGACCUCGAGAAUGUGGUCCUCAACGGAGCCACUCACUGGCAUCAUCCUCAUUUCUUUGCCUAUUUUCCAACUGGUCUCAGUUAUCAAUCAAUCAUGGCAGACAUCCUUUCCGGCGGAAUCGCAGGAAUCGGCUUCACCUGGAAAUCGUGUCCUUCGAUGACCGAAUUGGAGAUGUCGUCGCUAGAUUGGGUUGUCGAUUUGAUGGGAUUACCAGAGCAUUUCAAAAACUCUCAUGAUGGACCAGGAUGUGGAAUUAUUCAGAGCACUGCUUCGGAUAGUACCAUGAUCGCCAUCAUGGCUGCAAGAGCGUCUCAUGUGGAGAGAAUUAAAGCGGAACCAACUUUUAUGAAAUGGGUUUCGGAAACUGGAGUUGGAAAAACUCUGAGGGGAAUUUUUGAUCGAGUCAAAGUCAAUAAGAUUGAUGACGAAGCAUCUGGAAUCAUUGCUCCAUACUUCCAUGACCCAGCUGUCUUUGAGAGAUUCGUCAUGUACUGCUCUGACCAAGCUCAUUCUUCUGUUGAAAAGGGAGCGAUGCUCUCUGCAGUACGUCUUCGGAAGCUAAAAGCUACUAGAGGAUUUCUAGGAAACUAUGGGGUCACCAAAAAGACCCUUCAGAAUGCUAUCAAAGAAGACCGUGCUCGCGGCUACAUCCCAUUCAUUUUCCUGGCCACCGUGGGAACCACUUGCUCUUGCGGAGUAGAUCAAAUCGACGAACUAGGACCAGUAUGUGUUGAAGAAGGAUUAUACCUCCAUGUGGAUGCUGCCUAUGCUGGAACCUUCGCUCUAUGCGACGAAUUCAAAUAUUUGACUCGUGGAAUGGAACACGUCGAUUCCUUCAAUUUCAACCUACACAAGGCUGGAAUGAUAAACUUUGAUUGCUCACCAAUGUUUUUCAAAAAUGGAACUCAUGUCUCUAGAUACUUCAAUGUUGACGCUAUCUAUCUGGCUCACGAGUACCAGUCAACUGCUGCGGAUUAUAGACACUUGCAAGUGGCUCUUGGUCGCCGAUUCCGAUCUUUAAAGAUCUGGUUCGUCCUCAGGAAUAUGGGCGCUGAUAAGAUUCGAGAGUAUUUGAGAAGAACCGAACUUUUGGCUGCCGAAUUUGCGAAGUUGAUUCUGGAGAAUGGAAAAUUCGAGCACUUUGUUCCCCAACACCUCGGAUUGACCUGUUUCAGGUUGAAGAAUUCCACCAACGCUGACAACGAAAAACUGUGCAAUGCCAUCAACGAUGACCGUCGUAUUCAUUUGGUUCCAUCCACAGUCCAUGGAACUUAUUUCCUCCGUAUGGUUGUUUGCAGUCAACUGACAACUCUUGAUGACGUCAUCUACGGUCGUGACGUCAUCUUUGAAAUCGCCGACAGAUUAUUCUAA